AUGAAGUGGUCGGAACAACUUGGCGCGAAACUCCAGACUAAAGAAGGUCUACAGGACACAGACCAAAAGCUUGCGGGUAAGAAGGUGGUGGGCUUUUAUUUUAGCGCACACUGGUGCCCACCAUGCCGCCAAUUUACACCCUUUUUGAGCGCCUUGUAUGAGGAUAUGGUCGAAGAGCAUCCUGAGUUUGAGCUUAUUUUUGUAUCAUCGGACCGUGAUCCGAAGCAGUUUACUGAGUACUACGGAGAAAUGACAUUUUUGGCAAUUCCUUUUGAUCAGCGUGCAACGAUCCAGGCUCUCAACACAAAGUUUGGUGUCACGGGUAUCCCGAUGCUUGUCUUUGUGGAUGCAGAAGAUAAGGUUAUUACCUUAGAAGGUCGUAAUGUUGUUUCUAACUCGCGUGGUGAUGUGAACACGGUGUGGGAGGAGCUUACCAAGUAA